UCCCGGAAGACGCACAAUAUAGUCAAAGCUGUCAUUGUGCGGUGCUUGUACUGCUAAAUCAGUUCGUUUAUUUUCUUUUAUUUGUAUCCAGUGAUUUAUAUUUCAUAAUGUCCGCUAGAAAUCCAGGAAUGCAUCUUGAUCUGGAAUGGGUGUCGAAAGUCCGAGUGAACACUCAGGCUGUUCUUAAACGAGCUCAGCAGAUCCAGGGACGCAAAGUGGCUAAAAAACAGUGGCAGGCUGCCUGGCAGCUGAAGGCCGUCAGAUGCAUUGAUUUGACAACCCUCGCUGGUGAUGAUACACCUUCCAAUGUCCAUCGGCUCUGUAUGAAGGCCACACAGCCGAUCCGUCACGAUCUGCUGAAGAGCAUGGACAUGCAUGACAAAGGAAUCACGACUGCAGCAGUCUGUGUGUACCCAUCACGGGUGGCUGAUGCUGUGAAGUCUCUUAAAGCAGCUAACUCUAGUCUUCCUGUUGCAUCUGUGGCCACUGGUUUCCCUGCCGGACAGACGCCACUGAAGACCCGUCUCGCUGAGGUCCAGAUGGCCGUGGAGGAUGGUGCUACGGAGAUCGAUAUUGUCAUAAACCGGACUUUGGCACUCACUGGCCAGUGGACAGCUCUCUACGAUGAGAUCCGGCAGUUCAGAGAGGCCUGUGGAGACGCCCAUAUGAAGACCAUCCUGGCAGUGGGAGAGCUGGGAACCUUCACAAAUGUCUACAAAGCCAGUCUGGUGUCCAUGAUGGCAGGAUCUGACUUCAUCAAAACUUCAACCGGCAAGGAGUCUGUCAACGCCACUUACCCCGUUGCCAUAGUAAUGGUGCGUGCCAUCCGUGACUACUACUUAAGGACAGGCCAUAAGGUGGGCUUCAAGCCUGCGGGGGGCAUCCGUACGGCGCAGGAGUCUGUGGUGUGGCUGACCCUGAUGAAGGAAGAGCUUGGAGACGAGUGGCUAAAUCCUCACCUUUUCCGAAUAGGAGCGAGUAGCCUGUUAGCUGACAUCGAACGGCAGAUUUACCACUACGUGACGGGACGCUAUCCAGCAUAUCAUGAACUUCCUAUGGCCUGAAUCUGAAAAAUCUGGGGAGAUUUGAGCCAGUUAAAACUGUACAGAUCAGCCAGUGAUUUAAUGGAAAGAAGUCAUGUUUAUGAGGUCAAUUAUGAAGAUAAGUCCUAAUGUCUUAAAGGGAUAGUUCACCCAAAAAUAAAAAUUCUGUCAUUUACACACCCUCACGUUGUUCCAAACCUGUUAAAGUUUUCUUUCUUUUGUUGAACACAAAAUAAGAUAUUUUGAAGAAUGUUGGUGACCUUGACGGUAGCCAUUGAUUUCCAUAAAUACUAUGGAAGUCAAUGGCUACCAUCAACUGACUAGCAGCAUUUUUUGGGUGGACUAUCCCUUUAAAUCUAGCAUCUAUCAUAAACUUAGAAGUUAUUUUAUUAUUGUAAGAUAUUAAUAUGAGAUAUGAAUGUCUUAUCUUAUCUUGUAUUAAUUAAGUUGUAUAAUAAUUCAGACCGAAGAACAUUUCUGGAUUUCUGGAUGACAUGGUGCAACCUGAACCAUCAGAAGUAAAAGUGCUCACUUUACGUCA